CUCGGGGUCUGAUCAAAACUGAAGGUUCGCCUCGCUUUCCAUGUGUCCGAAGUACCGAUCGGACAAUACCUUUUCUCCUGCUCCGUCCAUGCCUUGCUCGUGAGGAAGGGAUGCUCGCCAGGAAUCAGGAACCAGAGGCUGGAGUGCGCGUCCGUCCUGGCAUCGCGUGCUGGCCAGUCUCGCAAGCCAUGCAUCGCGGCCGUCCGCGCCGCGGAGCUUAAAAAUCUCCUCCUCGCUAUCCAUGUCGAUCCGUCCAGCAGCUAGCGAGAGCUCUCGCGUGUAGACGCGCGAUACAGUUUGCCGUUUAGCGGCUCGUCGCACGUGCCGACGUGAGCGCUCCUUGUUGCGUCCCUCCGAGACAAAGAGGCAAUGAAGGGCGCCCUCGACGAUUUCAAAGUGAUGCUCACGAGGAACGAGCCUCUCACCGGCCUCGCCAGGGCGGUCGCGCUCCUCGUGAUCUUCGCGCUCGGCGUCGUCGCCGGCCUCUGGACGGCCGCCGGGGCCCGCCAGCCGCCCUACGGCAGCGUCGCCGUCCCGACGAGCGUCGUGCAGGUGCCGAGCGCCGCCGCCGUGUACCCGCAGCCGGCCGGCGCCUGCUGCCGGCCCGACCCGGACCCCGCCUUCCCGGAGUUCGUGGCCCCGACGCGCCUCAUGCACGACAUGACGGACGAGGAGCUGUUCUGGCGCGCCACGCUCGUGCCGGCCGCCGCCGGGUACCCGUUCCGGCGGGUGCCCAAGGUGGCCUUCAUGUUCCUCGCCGGGCACGGCGUCCUUCCGCUGGCGCCGCUCUGGGAGCGCUUCUUCCGCGGCCACGAGGGCCGCUUCUCCGUCUACGUGCACGCGCAGCCGGGCGUGGCCAUCAACGUCUCCGAGGACUCGCCGUUCUACGGCAGGCAGAUCCCCAGCCAGGAAACCUCGUGGGGCGCCGUGACGCUGAUGGACGCCGAGAAGCGGCUGCUGGCGAACGCGCUGCUCGACUUCUCCAACGAGCGCUUCGUGCUCCUCUCCGAGAGCUGCAUCCCGGUGCACAACUUCACGACGGUGUACGGCUACCUCGUCGGGUCGGAGCAGAGCUUCGUGGAGGUCUACUACCGGAACACCAAGCAGUGCCGGAACCGGUACAGCCGGCGCAUGGCGCCCGACAUCACGCUGCGGCAGUGGCGCAAGGGCUCCCAGUGGUUCGAGCUCAGCCGCGACAUAGCCACCAGCAUCCUCACGGACACGCGCUACUACCCGCUGUUCCGGCGGCACUGCCGGCCAACGUGCUACCCCGACGAGCACUACGUGCAGACGUACGUGGCCCUGCGCCACGGCGCCCGCAACUCGAACCGCACCGUCACGCACGUGGACUGGUCCACGAGCGGCCCCCACCCAGUGAUGUACGGCGCCGGGGACGCCACGCCGGAGCUGGUCCGGAGCAUCAGGGAGAGCCGCCAGCCCUGCACGCGCAACGCGCGCCCGACGACGACCUGCUACCUCUUCGCCAGGAAGUUCGCGCCCGACGCGCUGGCGCCGCUGCUCAACAUGUCGGCGGCGGUCAUGCAGUACUGAGAUUCUUCUUUUUUCCCGCCGGCGGCGGCAGUCGGGACGACGCCGAGACCUCACCGGCCGCCGCAGCAGCUUCUUGCUCCGGAUCGCACAUUAGCCAGGCAUCAUCAGCUGUAAUUUUCUGUGACACUGUUGACUGACGAACACCCAUGGCUCGGUCACUUGCCGGCAUCUUGUUGCCGAAAUUGCCACAGCGAGACCACGCGCCCUGAUCGGGCCCAGGUACAUGGAUGGAGUUGUCCCACGGCGUUGGUGCUGCAGGCGGCGGCAGCAGCAACCACUGCUCCACCAAUGCAAGCUGCGCGCCUACCAAGUGCCAAUUGGCAUUGAACCACCACGUACCACCGGGCACUACUAGUCUACUAGUGGCCGCUCGGGCUGGGCAAAAUAAACCGAGAAUCAAGAAUCGAAUCGAAUUUAUCGAGAACCGGAACCGAAAAAGUUCGGUUCCUGUUUGGUUCCAGGAUGAGAGGAACCGAAGUUUAUAGGUAUUUUCUAUUAUUGGGCUCGGUUCCCCGAAGAAUCGAAUUUGUGAGGAAUGUUGAGUACUUUAUCCUGCUUGUGAUGAGUGUAUUGUCAACCGCGCGGUGUGAUCGUGCGCUUGGUCUUUGGAU